UGGGAACAACUACUCAAACGCUUUCGGUGGGUGAUGAUGGAGCUGGAUGGUGCGGUGCGGUAGUGCAGUCCUUUGCAAACUGGCUUUUAACAACUACGAUUCGAUACACCCAGAAAGACGCAUUCGUCUAUCGCCCUUCAGAUAAUAUCAACAUGCACCCGCGGCGAGUGUUAGUUUGUGUGGCCUUCUUUGCACUACUCGUGCACUACUCGGGAGCGUCAAAACAACAUUCGCGUUACGACUACUGUGACAAUAACUAUUGCCCUCCGAGAAAAGAGAAUAUUGGUUGUGGAUGCAAAUUCAACGAGUCAUAUGGUCCCGCUUGCACCGGCAAAAGCCCUAAGCUGCACAAGUUCACCAAAAAGGAUCUGCAGUUCAUACUGCAUACACAUAACCACCUGAGACAUCUGUUUGCUUGCGGUUCGAUACAUCACUAUCGCCCGGCAGUACGGAUGGUUCAAUUGCGUGUGGACGAAGACCUUCAAACGCUGGCUGAAUGUAACGUGAAAAGGUGUAUUUAUGAGCAUGAUGAUUGCCGCAGCACAGAACGGUACCGCUACGCUGGACAAAACAUCGCCAGACGCACCGUAUGCGGACGAACGCUCAAACUAACCGAGAUAGUGAACAGUUCGCUGAACGCUUGGUUUGAUGAGUACUGGGACACAAGCAUCGAAAUGUUAACCAAAUACCCUAACCACCCUGUCAAGAAACCCAUCGGCCACUUCACCCUGCUGGUGAAUGAUAAUGUGUACUUUAUUGGCUGUGCGCUGAUUUCGUAUGCCGCCCGUAUUGAGGCAUAUUUUACCGCAACUGGCGAAGAUUGUCGAGAGUAUUAUUUCGUCUGUAAUUAUUCCUUCAUCAAUUUGAUAAAUCGGGCAACGUACACGGUAGGAGACAAUCCUGCAUCCAUGUGCCAGUCGCACCGUAGUAAACAGUACCAUUGCUUGUGCAGCGAUCGCGAGCCGUACGCAACGGUCUUGGAUUGGAGAGAUCAGGUAAUGUAAUUUGUUUUGUUUUGCACCUGUAGCACUAUACACAGUUUGUAUAACAAUAGCAAAGGGUUUUGCACGCUUAUUUCAAGGCUAUAAAAUAAACUGUUUCAAAUAUU